AUGGUGCUGUACACGCUCACGGAUUACAACGGCGAGGGAGGCGGGCGCGUGCGCAUCGGUGGAAAUCGACUCGCGGGUACCGGCUCCGGACCGCGGCGCACGGUUGACGUCGCCGCCGGGGUGAAGCACAGCGUCGUCGUCACGGAACAAAACGAAGUCGCCGCUUUCGGGACGGACGAGAGCGGAAGCACCGGCCAGGGCGACGGCGGCGAGGGGAAGAUGCACAGGGUACCGCGGUGGAUGUACUGGAUAUCAAACGAGACCACGCGGAUAUUAUCCUGCGCCGCGGGAGAGGCGCACACCGUGCUCCUGUCCGCGGGAGGUACCGCGCUCACCGUCGGCCGCGGCGACGUCGGUCAGCUCGGGCAGGGCGCGACGAGGAAGUGCCUCACCCCGCGACGCAUCGAAGCGCUGUCCGGGAUGAAGAUCGUCACGGAAGUCUGCGGCGGACGCUCGCACACGGUGAUUCUCACCGCCGCGGGCAAGGUAUACACGUGUGGGCGGUCGAACAGGGGACAAACCGGUCAGGGAGAUGACCAGACGCGGCUCAUCGUGACCGCGAUUCCUUCCAUGAUCAAUCUCUCGUGUGUGCAGAUAGCGGCCGGGGACGAGCAUACCGUGAUGCUCACUACGCUCGGACACGUCUACGUGUGCGGCAAAAACGACACCGGCCAGUUAGGCGACGGUACUUUGGACGACAGCUUCAUCCCGAAGACGUUGCAGCCGAUC